AUGGAUAUAUAUGGACUUUAUCCGCCAUUAAUUGACAUAACAGCAAAGCUUGCAAGAGACGCUUAUAAAACAGCUGAAGAUGCACGUUAUACCAAGAAAACAUGUUUGAUCUUAGCAGACAGAUUAGAGAUAGGAUCGUGUGCUUUGUCUGAUUUAUAUAGACACAGGGAUGAAAAAGACAAAGAAGAAAAAUUUAAAAGUAGGAAUAUGGAACAGAUUACGGUUGAUAUUUUGUGGUAG